GCAAAAAGAAGAAGAGAGGAAGGGUAUCUCUCUCUCUCUCAAAAAUGGAUGGGAUGGUUUCAAGGAUGGGGUGGCAAGGCGUGUAUGCAUCAUCAGAUACCUUUGACUGAGACUGCGACGCAAGUGAAAAGGCGUUUGCGUUUGUCGUUAGGAGAAAAAAAAAAGACUACACUACUAGAUCACCACAUGGCUCAUGCGUCCGCCUUGUCUUGUUGCGUUUCUCUACACUUCUCUGCCUUUCAACCGCCGCAUCUCACGAUCCAUCGCCGUUAAGCAGGGAUCCAGUCUCAGAGCUGUCGGCGAUGUGCCAUUUCGACUUGUCCGAGCUCUCUUCAUGCACUCUUCCUACUGCUCGUACUGCCUCUCUACGUCCCGUGCCCUGCACUCUAUUGAUGGACAACGUCGUACGUGCGUCCGGCAGCAAAGUCGUCGCACGGCCCUUGGCAGGGGCUCCCGACUUAUACCAUUCACACCCUACCCUACAUGCCACCAUCCCGUACCACCACGAUUACCUACCCAAGAGCACUUCGACCUUUCCAUCAACAGUCCAAAGUCCGUGCCUUCUCCCUCAGUUUACCAAAGAGGGUGCCGACUGUCUGGGACUGCCGACCUGACUGUUUCUAAUCGCCGACUCCAGCGGGCUUAAGCACAGCAAGUCGCACCACAGAGUCGGCACCCCCCA